AUGACUUUAAGUGACACCAGAAAGUGUGGUUUACAGCUUUGGAAUGUUGUUGCUGGAUCUUCUGAGUGGAAAACAUAUACCCCUAGUCAUGCACUUGAUCUAAUCCGUGGCAAGAAUUUUCUGAUGCUUAUGGAUUCUGCUCUAGAGGGUAAUUUUUCAAAUGAUGAUGGAACUGAACUUGUGCGUUUAGCUUCCCGCUGUUUGCAGUAUGAAGCACGUGAGAGACCAAAUGCAAAGUCUCUUGUCACUUCUUUCAUGUCUCUUCAGAAAGAAACAGAGAAUACAUCUGCUAAGAGUGAGGAGCAAUCAAACAAUGUUCAAGCAAAUCAACCCACAACAAAGACAAGUGCACAAUGGAUGGCGAAUUGAAGGAUGGAGCAAAUUUCAUGGUUUAUUUUUUGUGUAUCUUGCUAUGUUUUUGUUUUUCAUUUUUGAAGUAAAAGAUGUUUAAGAUUAUAGAACUUUAUUAUGUAUGUUUUCAAACUUAAUUUAGAACUAAGAUCUCAUGAAGUAGCCACAAUCAUGGUUUGAAUUUUAAUGUAAUACGUAUAGUUUAUCAAUCUAUUUAAUAUUACAUUUUGC